CUUAUCGAUAUGUUCAAGAAAUGUGAUCGAAUAACACAUAACCACAAAAAAGUAGUCAAAAUUAGUAUUGGUUAUUGUCAUUUUAAGUUAUAAUUUCGAUAAACUAUAAUUAAACAACAUUUUUAAUAUAAACUAAAAAACGUGUACGUUUCCAGUUGAACGAAAUGGAAAACGUUUUAGGGUGCAACGAAAUAGAUAUAGAAGAUUUAAUUUCUUCUCAAGACCAUAUCACACCCAAAGAACGAUAUGCGAAUAAAAAAGAUGUAACAGUCCGAGCCAAAAAACGACAACCAGUAAAAAUUUCAGACAGAUCGAAGGCAGAUAAAGUGGAACGCACAAUUUUACAAAGUUCAAUAAUUCCAGGAACUCAAAAGGUUUAUGUAAAAACAUGGGGUUGCGCACACAAUAACUCAGACUCAGAAUACAUGGCAGGACAGCUUGCUACUUUUGGGUACAAUUUGACAAGAGAUAAAACAUCGGCUGAUUUAUGGCUGUUAAAUAGUUGUACGGUAAAAAAUCCAUCGGAAGAUACAUUUCGUAAUGAAGUUCAAAGUGGUUUGGACACAGGGAAACAUGUCGUUGUUGCUGGUUGUGUACCUCAAGGUGCACCAAAAUCGGACUACCUGAAGGGAUUAAGUAUUGUCGGAGUUCGUCAAAUCGACCGUAUCGUAGAGGUCGUAGAAGAGACUUUAAAAGGACAUACAGUCCGUUUAUUACAACCAAAAAAAAAUAAUGGAAAAUAUGUGGCUGGUGCGCCAUUAGACUUACCAAAGAUUCGAAAAAAUCCACUGAUUGAAAUCAUUGCCAUCAACUCAGGAUGUUUGAAUCAAUGUACCUAUUGUAAAACGAAACACUCACGCGGAAAUUUAACCAGUUAUCCACCCGAAGAAAUUGUAGCACGUGCAGUGCAGGCCUUUAAAGAGGGAGUUUGUGAAAUUUGGCUCACUUCAGAAGACACUGGAACCUAUGGCAGAGACAUAGGCACCUCAUUACCACAACUACUUUGGAAGUUAACUGAAAUCAUUCCAGAUGGUUGUAUGUUGAGGGUUGGUAUGACAAACCCACCAUAUAUUCUGGAACAUUUGGAAGAAAUCGCGAAAAUUUUUCAAACACCACGUGUCUAUGCAUUUUUGCAUGUACCGGUGCAAAGUGGAUCGGACUCUGUGCUGACUGAAAUGAAACGGGAAUAUUGUCGAAAUGAAUUUGAAGAAGUAGUCGAUACAUUGCGAGCGAGGUAAUUUAAUUUUAAUAAAU